UGUGAAUGUGCCUAUAUAGCAUUGGUUUUUGUUCGAAAAGUCUCUAAGCUUGAUAUCAUGGAGAAAAUUAUAUCACCAAAACUUGGGAGUUCUUUGCCGGUACCGUGUGUUCAAGAAUUGGCCAAAGAAUCGCCGGAAAUCAUCCCACCACGCUACGUUCGUGAAGAUCUGGAGCCUCCGGCACCCGCGGUGAAAGAAAUUCCAGUCAUCAACAUGGCUAACUUGCUUAAAGGAGAUAACGAGGAGCUUAAGAAGAUGGAUAUUGCAAGCAAAGAAUGGGGUUUUUUUCAGCUAAUAAACCACGGAGUGAGUUCUUCAUUGGUUGAAAAGGUGAAAAGUGACACAAAAGAUUUCUUCCAUCUCCCCAUGGAAGAGAAGAAGAAGUUUUGGCAAGAGCCAGGAGAUCUUCAAGGCUUCGGACAUGCUUUUGUAAUUUCCGAGGAGCAAAAACUUGACUGGUCUGAUAUGUUUUAUAUUAUGACUCUCCCAACUUAUUUAAGGAAAUCAGAUUUAUUCCCAAAUCUCCCUUUGCCCUUCAGAGAAACAGUAGAAAUGUAUGCAGAGGAAUUGAGAAAUUUGGCCAUGAAAAUCAUUGAAUAUUUAGCAAAAGCUCUGGGAAUUGAGCGGGAACAUAUACGAGGAUUGUUCGAAGGAGGGAUGCAGGCUAUGAGGAUGAAUCACUAUCCUCGUUGUCCCCAACCAGACAAAGUCAUAGGACUUUGUCCUCACUCCGAUGCUGUUGGGCUUACAAUCCUGCUCCAACUUAAUGAAAAGGAAGGUCUCCAGAUCAGAAAAAAUGGCAUGUGGAUCCCUGUUAAACCUCUCCCAGACGCCUUUGUUGUCAAUAUUGGUGAUAUUUUGGAGAUAUUGAGUAAUGGAAUUUACCGCAGCAUUGAGCAUCGAGCAGUAGUAAACUCGGAAGAGGAAAGGCUAUCCAUCGCAACGUUUUUUAAUCCCAGACUUGACGCAGAAUUGGGUCCUGCCCCCAGUUUGAUCACACCACACAAUCCAGCAAACUUCAGAACAGUGGGAGUUGAAGAUUAUUUCAAAGGUUUAUUUGCUCGAAAGCUAGAUGGUAAAGCUUACAUUGAUGUUAUGAGGAUCCAAAUGGAAGAUGAUCCUGACAGUUAUUCAGUUAAUUAAUGGAGGAGUUAAUACUUCCAAUGGUCAUCCGAGUAUUAGCGAUAUGAUAUACCAAUUAUGAUCCUUCGACUUUUAAAUGACUUCCAAUGGUCCUUCAAGUUUUUAAAAAACCCACAUGUGGUCCUUUUAGAACGUCUCGUGGUCAUUUUAAAUUCGGGUUAAUACCAAAAUUAAGACCACAUGUGGUUAUUUUUUAAAACUUAGAGGACCAUUGGAGAUUAUUUAAAAGUUGAGGGACCACAGCUCUUAAAUCAUUAAUACUCGGAGGACUAUUGGAGGUAUUAACUCAUUAAUGGAGUGAUGCAAAGUAAAAAAUAAUCUUAGUCAAUAAAGACGAGCUGCGUGCUCCACUUGACUAGCUACGUAUACAUGGACAAGAUGAUUUCCGUGAUUAAAUAUUAUUAGUAAAAACGUAUUAA